AUGGACAUCGAUCGCACAGACGCCGACGCAUUUUCAAAGACGCCCCGAGACGGGUCUGGCCAGGCAACUCCGGUGGGCGAGAAGGAGAAAGAGAAAGCCAAUUACGGGAAUACGGGGCGUCUCGCAGCUGAUACCAACACUGUUAGAUCCAGUGAUGGGACAACUUCCAUUGUUUUAAAAUACAACGAGCCUCCAGAGGCCAGAAAACCUCCAGCCAAAGACGCCUGGCGAUUAUAUAUCUUCAAGGACGAUAAUCUGCUGGAAACAAUCGAGCUGGGAGAUCGAAGCUGCUGGCUGAUUGGAAAGGAAAAGCUAGUUGCUGACUUGCCUAUCGAUCACCCAAGCUGCUCCAAACAACAUGCCGCUAUUCAAUUCAGAUACGUUGAAAAACGGAAUGACUUUGGAGAUCGAGAUGGCAGAGUCCGGCCGUAUCUCAUUGACCUAGAAAGUGCAAAUGGGACUACCGUCAAUGGAGAUCCAGCUCCAGCCAGAAGAUACAUGGAACUUAUGGAUAAGGACGUGUUAAAAUUUGGACUAAGUACCAGGGAAUAUGUCCUCCUGCUCCCGCCUCCUAGCUGA